UAAUAUGAAUAAUUUGUUACAACAAAUGCAAGCCAUGUUCAAAAGCUAACAUGAGCCUACAUACCUAUCUUCUCACUUGUGCACUUGAGAUACUUACAACAAUUCUCAAAGUUCGUUUCAAAAGAUGAAUUGUAGUCUAUUUGUGAGUCCAAAGCAGUCCUUAAAUUAUUGACACAGAUUAUUUUAAUAGAAAUCAUGAUGAGAUAAUAUUGCUUUAUAAAUUACCAUUAUAUUGCAAAAUAACUUUAUUGGAUUAAAUAUGGAGUUUGAACAAAGUUAUUGUCAACAUUUUAAAAGCAUACAGAGAGCGAUAAAGAAAUUGUGCCGUUUUAAUUUAAUUGAACUAGGUUAGUAUCUUGAGUGCCGUUUUAAAUGGCAGUGACUGUUAAUAUUAAGGCAUCUAACAAAAUCAUCUGUGUUUUGUGUAAGCAUAAAAUAUCUGUUGGUUGUUGAUACAUUGUUGCUACAAUCAAAGACAGCAACAAAGCUAUCCCUGGCAAACUCUCAACUGAUUUGUUGCCAUGACAACUAAUGGUCAACAGCUGAUACAUGUUAGCAGCAUUGAAGGUGGUGGUUCUUCCUGGAUUAUGUCUAGGUAGGUUGAAGAUAACAUUAUAUAUAAUAUAUUUUAGACCUAUUAUUCUGUUUACUACAACAGGUAUACGGACAGACAAAAUAUGCAGAGGAUACAUUAAGCAACAUGGAUUUGGUAAAACGCACCAAAUCAAAGGUGGGCUGUCUACAAAAUCUGAAAGGCCAGAAGCUCUACAGACAACUCCUCAACAAUGCCACCUGCGGUCUCACCUUCUCCAAAGAUGUUAUAUGGGAGAUGGGGUCAGACAGUAUACCUUACAGUCAAGCUGACUUCCACUGGCUUUUCAGUGCCUCUGGACCUCUGGCACCAAGUCCCAAGCCGAAGAUCACAGGGAUAAAAUCAAUGAAAGUUAUCCCCCUUCAUCAUUCACCUCAGGAUCCUGCCAAGAACAGAGGCUUCAGAGACCCUCCCUCUAUGCUCCCUGAAUUACAAAUAUCCCAUCUUGCGCCAUUGACUGCCAAAGACUCCUUUACACUCCCUAGUCACCAAGGGGGACUCUUGGAUUCCUUUAAAAGGACAGGACUACGAGGAGUUUCUAAUGUUUACAAUUGUCUCGAGGAAGCAUCUACAGGAGGCAGGGAGGACCGUUUAAAGAGCUGCCACUGGGAUGAGUUUGUGCUAAAGAAGCUGACCAAAACCACAGCCCAGUGGAUAGUGAGUCAACAGAUUCCAAGCCAGUGCCAGAAUAAGACUCGACUGCAGUCACUGCUGAGGAGUCAGUAUGGUUCAGCCAGCGCCACAGAUCUAGUCAAUGAGGAGCCCAUGUGUGAGGAGGAUUUCUGCAGUUACCAAGAUCUCCACAAGCAGACUGAGAAGCAGCAGGCUCUUCAGAGCAGCAAGGCUGAGACACCUCUUCCAGUAUACUACAGGGUGCAGGGCUACUCUCUUCCCCCUGCAUGUUCUGAUGAGCCUGGGGGUAUGAACCAGACUGCCAACAAUGUAGCAGUCAAGCACAUUGAAACCCCUCAACCUCCUCGUCUUCAGGAUAGCCUCAACCCCCGUGCUGGAAGCCAUGUCUUGCACACAGAGAAUAACUUUGAACAGGAGAUAUUUUCUGGAAUAGCCAAACAGGUACAUCAGCGAGAUCCACGGAACCACGAUCGCAUCAUCAUGGACAACAAUUCAGAGUACCAAAAGAACCUUCAAGACUUUUUCCCCUGUGGUCCAGAUAAGUGGACAAAGGCUUCAGCAGAAACCAUGCACAAUGAGACACAAGGUUGGGGCAUUAACCAAAUAAAUGCAACCCCUGUUAAAGUACGAUUUUACUCAUUAAAAUUCCAUUGGGUAGGAAUGCGACGGGUGGAGAAAGGUACUCGGCGGUGGCUGGACCUGCCUACCACUGCUGACUAUGCCACAGAGUUGGGUCUGAGACCUCCUGACUACAGCGGGAAGGACACAGAGGUGCCCAGACAGCAACCCCACUACAACCCUAUGGCCGAGCUCUCCUCCUUACGUUACGCAGUGGAGGGAUGGAGGAGUGCCUGGAAGAUCAAGAUCACUUGGCAGAGUGUGACUAUUGAAGGGUUGAAGAGGGCCCUUAAAGACCUGCACUACCACGUUCGCCUGUCAGCCAUAGCCACUUGUGCAUCAGGGGCAGUGAACAGACCGAGGGAAAAGCAACAUCCCACAGAUGCAGGUCAGUAUGGCCGUGUGUGGGACAUCCAGCCAGUUCCUCAGGAGCUCCAGCCUCUUCUUCUCCUAGCUCUGGACGACCCUGUGAAGAGAGUUCAGAUGGCAGCAGCAGUGUGCCUGUAUGCCAUGGGGACGCCAGACUCCCGAGCCCGCGUAAUCCUCUGCAAUGCACUAUAUCAAGACUCUGCAAGUGUAGGUGCAGACAGCUGGGUGGCAGCACAGUGCCUGGCCGUGGAGGGGGAUUACAGUCGGCCAGUCAUUCAGAGACUUCUCUCCCAGCACUUCGUCAGUGAGGUUCACACAGAUCAUAAACAGUCAGCCGCUCUACUUGCCAGCAUCAGUAGCAAGACAACUCUAGUUCGCUCUCUGCUGGCUGAGGAGUUGAAUUGUGCCAACUGGAGGACCAGACUCUUGGCUUGCAACACUAUCUCCCAAUUGAAAGGACCAAUUAAUAAGGACCUUGCAAACAAGUUGAUCUACCUGAUGUGGAAUGACUGGAGUGGUAACGUGAAGCAGGCUGCAGCCCAGGCCCUGGGGAAACUAGGAAUGGGAAGAGAUGUGCACAACGAGCUGAGAAUGAAGCUUGAGGAAGGUCCCGCCUCCUGGAGGGUGGAGGCUCUCAUCCUCAUAGCUCAUCUACAGAUCAUGACCGCCAAGCUGCUGCCACCCUUUCUGAAAUGUUUCAAUGACAACUUUGUGGCCGUGAGGAAACAGGCCUGUCUGACUGCUGCAGCUCUAAUUAUGAAGUACAGCAUGGUCUUGAAUCAGCUGAUUCAGCUAACACAGAAUGACCCAGCAUGGGAGGUUAAAGUUGUUGCAAUCAGUGCUUUAGGGAAGAUAGGUUGCCUCACGCCGAGCCUCCAGGACCACCUCCUCUGGGCUUUACAUCAUGAGGAGAAACCCCAGGUACGCAUCGCCGCCUGCCAGGCCCUAAAGAUCCUUAAAGUGAAGGGACCAGAGCUGCAGAACCUCCUACAGGAGCGGUUUGUUCUGGAACCCCACCCCCAGGUCCAUAGGCAUAUACAGGGGCUCCUCAAAAACUAUGGCUACAGUAUUGAUGGAGACAGGGGCAUGGUCCACAAAAUCAAAGAUCAGGUUCAGAGGCUAUGCACCAAGAGCAUCAUCACAGACAAAGUGCUGUUGAUGGAGAAGCUGGAGAACAUGUACCAGCAACAGAGGAAGUAUCUGGUAAAUGAGAGCCGGCCGGACACUACACCAAUAUCACAGCUGCUGCAGGAACGCUACAACAGAAUUAAACAUUGCCCUUCCACAGUAAGGCCGACUCACUCCUCAGAUUCCUGUGACUCAGUCCUCCUCUAAAUGCACACUUGGAUCAAGCCCUGUCAACAAAUCCUCUUCAUCUGCUUAUCAAGAUCAUCAACACUCCAUCGUGUGACAGUGGAGAAACUUCAGCACUCCAAGAAAAUGAAGAUAAUAUUUAAUAACCAUGGCCGCAUAAAAUAAAUACAGUAUUUGUUGACUAAUGUUUGCUUUAGUAGUAUUGGGGGAUUAUGUAGUUGUACGGGAUUGUGAAGGGGUUGAUUUACUGUCAGGUAGUGAUGUUAUUGAUGGAGCUGUGCUGCUAGCUCCUCCACUGCAGAACCUGUUUGCAGUUGUUCCACCGGUCACCUAGGACAGGAGCUGAGCUAUACCAUUGUUCUGAAAGAGAGAACAACAUAUAUGUGGGAAAUACUGUAGGUCAGAUUAUGACUCUGAUAUGCAUAUUGCACAUUACAGUGCCACACACAUAGUUGUGAUGAGCUUGUGUAUGUAGAUUCUGGAGGAUAUACAGUGAUCCUUAGUAGAAUGGACACCACAAAGACUACGACACAAUGUACAGUGCAAUAUGCUUGUUCUAUUCGCAUCUGAUGGGUAUUCCACAGAUUAAGGGCCACAAUAAUAGAAACAACAACUGUGUGUAAACUCUAGAUUUAAAUACAGUAUAUAGCCCAUCGAUUAUUGUGCAUAUACAGGAUGUUCAGGACAGGAUUCCAAAAAUCCGCGACCCCGACCCGGAAGUGCUUAGUUAUUCUUGCUGGCGUCACAGUGGUCUGGCUACCAGCCCCUGGUUAGCUAGAUAACUAACUAGAUAGUCUUGGGAUGGCUGCAGAAAGAAUCAUAUCCGCGGUUUCAGACUACCCAGAAUUAUAUAACUCAACUUUGACUUCAUAUAGAGACCCGAUAAAAAAAUCGGAUGCAUGGAAGGCUGUGGGUAAACAACUGGGACUGAAAGAGGAAGAUGCCCGAAAGAAAUGGAGAAACCUGAGGGAUGUGUUCACAAGGAAAGUGAAAGCAGAUCGGAUCCGUGGUGCCACAGGGAAGGCGCUAAAAAAAUGGAGAUAUAGUGAGUUAAUGGCAUUUCUGAUCCCAUACAUACAGCGAGGUAGAGGAACUGGCGGCAGCAAUAGCACAGAGGAGUUUGAUGAUGGAAAAGAUGACACAACUAGCACCUCUGACGUCCUGAUUGAUCUAGAUGGAAGUGUGGUUGAUACCAAGAUGUCACCACCUUUGGACAACAACUUACAUGAGAUGACAUGGAAAGAUUCCUGGCAAACAGCUGGACAAGGAGACAAUGAGGAUGAGAUGUUUUUCAUGAGCCUACUCCCUCACCUCAAGCGGUUACCUUACAGGAAAAAGUGUGCAAUUAAGCUGAAAUUUCACCAACUUCUCCACGAUGCUGAAUUUGAGGACACCGACUAGCCUAACUGUACAGUAAAUAUAUUUUGUAUCAACGAGUUGGGACUUUCUUAGGACAGAACAUUUUGUUGGAAAUACAUUUGAUCAAUUUCCAUUUAGUUACCUUGAGAAAGUGUCCAAUAGUGCUUCUUUGGAACCCCUCCCUCCACACACACAAACCUUCCAAGUUUGAGCCCACUGCUGAUGUUUCAGUGUGGUAGUGAUAGACAGGAGGGGGCUGUAGUACUUAACCGGACUAAGCUAGAAACAUAAUUUUUUUUAUUUAAAAUGUUUUCUUUCUCCUAAUAUGUGGAAAGGGCUGCUUUUAGCCAAUACCCUUUAUACAUGUAUUAUAUGGUUUGUUACUUAGAAUUUUAUUUGUAAAAAAAUAUUGUAACAAUGUUGGUCUGUUUAGUGUCACCUCUGGUCACAUUCAUACAGGCAUAGCCAAGAGAUGAUGUUUGGGGGUGGGGGCUAAGACAGGAUGAGUAAAGGCCCAGUUCACUACUUUUAUUUUUUUAGGGGGUGCUUCAGCACCACUACUUCCCGUGGCUAUGCAUACAGGUAUGCAUUUUGUUUGCUCCUCCUCCUCUUGAGUAAAUGUUCUCCAUGCUAGUGCAAUAGUUGCUCUUUUGACUAUUUAUAUUUUGUCUUUACUUUUUGAAGUUGGCUAUUUCAUUCAUGCAUUUUAGAAUGUUAUUGAGCUUAAUAAAAGUUGUGGUUAAAUGCUGCCCCAUUUCA